CACUCGCUCGGCGGCGCCCUCGAGCCUCAGUCACCGUCUGAACACGGGGCGCCGAGCAUCGCUCCGUACCCGACAUUACGACGACUGCUCCGUACAUCUCGUACACACAUCGCAUCUCCGCGAUAAGACAUUACACCGAUUCCUCGUAGGACACUAACACAAACUGUAGACAAGUCACAUAUUCGUUCAUUGUACUUUAUCGAAACCGGCAUCGAACUUGACCUGUGAUUGUUUGCCCGAACUGUCAGUGCGCGUGUUGUGCUUUAUCGAUAACAUAACCUGUACGGCUUCAAGGGCACAGGAGACCACUACCAGUUUGUGCUUUGGAUGCGGUGUUGUAGAGCUGAUCGAGCGGGUCUAGCCUCGUUCUUGUAAUUGUAAGUGGGCGUAUUCGAAAGUUUGAAAAUCGAUCGGGUGACGUGCGUGCGUGGGAUUGCGUUUACGUAAUCUUUGUUUACCUUGGGAAUAUGCACUGUGCUAGUCCUCUGUGAACAUACUAUUUGCCUUUGACACUUUUUUAUCUCCACCAGACACUGUGAUAUGGAUCGCGUGCAGUGUUGAACAACUGUAGCUGCUAAGAUGACCAUCCCAGCAGCGGCGCAGUAGUAAAGAUCACCGAUAUCUAUGGUAUCUGGAAUGAACCAAUCUAUGAAACAGCUUUUCCGACCUCCCGAUCGAAUGUCCAGGGCACGGGCGUGAGAUGGCACGCGCGGGCAUGCUGCAUAGGGGCGGGAAAAAUGGAGCCGACGGGUGCGAUGAUGUGCAGCGGUCGUUGGAACUUCUGGACCAAGUGCUGAGCGAGUACGACGAGGGCGAGCCGCGGUCGCUGGAGGCGCGCGCGCAGGCCGACCCCGCCGCGACCCCCGCGACCCCCGCCACCCCCGCGACACCCGCCACCGACGACGACUCGCCUCUCGCCGGACAUACCUCCGAGGACGAUGGAUACAUGAGCAUGAACGGGAGACGGGCGAAGUUCGCGCUAGGGUUCCGUCCGACGGAGGAACGAGAGGAGCCGUCGCCGCCCGACCCGCCUUCGCCGCGGUCUCCGCCGCCGCCCGAAGAGGCCCAGCGGAUCAUAUCCACACUACUACCUAAAGUAUCUCCAGCGAAGCAACCACCUUCGACUGAACUGCGCGAGGCUGAAGAGAGGCUCGACUCUAUCAUCAGCGUGAACGGGAUCACAACUGCUACUCAAACCACAUUUCCAAAAACAAGGCAUCAGCGACCGUACGGUUGGGAGAAAGAUGGCGUGAAGAACGGCGGCUUCGAGCUGCAGCAGCCGCCAGCGCCGGCGCACCGGUUCGCGUCGCUUCAGCACGGCGCGCGUCCGCCCGACGCCGCGCCCGCCUGGCUCCCGCCGCGACACCCGCCACCCGGGCCCAAACGGUCGCCCUCCCUCGAUAACCCUCCCGUUUUCCCAUUCAUGGGCUUCUCCAGCGAGUUCAGUGACAAACCCUACAAUGAACACCCCGUCACCAUCUACCCCGGCCCAAACAUACAAUUCAGCCGACAAGCCCACUCACCCACGUACAAUAUCCAAAAAUUAUCACCAUCAAACACCAAAAGCUCAGAAAGAAAGAAUGUCGCAAAACGAGACAGUAGAUCCGAUGGCGAAAUGCUGUCACCAAAAGGCAAAAUACCUCCGCGUACUCUCGCUGGUUCUAUGGAGAGACAUAGAGAAGUGUGUAGAGGAUCGUCGGAGGACAUAACCGAGAGUUACAAGAUAAGGGGUUCCAAGAGCAAUGACGACGAGCACUUUUCAGACGACUCCUUGGAAGAGUCGUUCCCCCCGCCGCCGCCAGCAGCCACUACGCCUUCGAAACGCAAUUCCAUAGCUUGGGAAGUGUCUCUCGAUGGUGAUGACCCUCUACUUACUCCGGGGAGCACAAAGGUUAUUGGUAGACGAAGAAGAAAAUCCGGCGACCAGUCCCACUCAAGCACCAGUUCUAUCCCACAGCGGGUGGAUGAUGACUGGGGCGACGAGUACUGGCCCCCGCCCCCGCCGCCCACGCAGUGCGAGCCUCUUGCCUCUCCCACCUCCGACGGCGACUCCGACAGGCGCAGCCAAGACAUCGCCUGCGGAACAUACGUCAUAAGAAAAGGGAAAAAUCGAAAACAACUACCUGCCUUCAAUAAAAACGCAAACAAUAAACCAAACGCAAGCAAUUUACUACAAAAUCAUAGCCUCAAUCGAAGUAUAGACACUGACAAAUCUAUAGAUGGUUCCAGUGUCUCCAUAAGCGGCUCAGGAUCGGUCGGAUCCUACAACUCCAGGCCUAGCUCAGAUCUCAGCUUACCACAAUCUCGAUACAGUGUAGACUUGAACUCACGGUUAAGCCGCGAACUCAAUACACCGAAUUCUAGAUAUAGUAUAGAUCUCUGCACACCAAACGUUAAACUGAGCAAAGAAAUGACGUCACCGAAAUCUAGACUUAGCUUAGAUCUUAACAAUGGACAAGAUAGAUACAUAAGUCAGGAAUAUUUUGGUCACAGUCCUAAAAGUAGAAAAAUGCCUAGUGAUAAGAGCGCUCAUAAAGGUAACUUAGUCCAAAGUAAGUUAUCACCCCAGAAUAGGUUCACUGAUUUCAAAAAGUACUCUUCAACUUUUGACAAUAUACAGUCGUUGAUAAAGGAAGGCAAAGUGGAAGAAACCCCAUUAGCUGAUUGCAAUGAAACAGUGAAUGAACUGACGACAGUACCUCCUAACAUGGUGAGGGUGGUGUCACUGCCGAGCCUUGGCGCAGACGAGAGCACGAGCGCCAGCCGGCAGGCGCUCAUCACCACCGUCGAGGAGGAGGAAGACCAAGAAAGUGGUGAGCCAGAAUCCAGCGGCGAAACGUCACCACUCCGCAAAAUCGAAAACAACAUUAGCGCUAUACUAAGUCAAGGUCGGGACCAAAAACAUUUUACCCCAUACAUACCUAAAGACUGGAAUAUACAUAAGGAUGAAUACUGUGAUGAAGUAUCUAAAGAUAUAUUAGAAAACAAUUUCCGUUAUAGUUCUAGAGAGAGACAGAAACGUCACGAUAUUCAGAAGUCAUCAAGUCAUAAUGAAAUACAGAAUCAACGGUCGAUAGAGCGUCGUGAUCGGUCGUCGGGGCGGCGGUCUAAUAGUAUGCAUAAGUCUACUAGUGCCAAGGACGUGCCAGUUAGUUUAAUGCGCCAACCAUCGUCCUCCGACUCGGCCGUGUCUAGUGGCGGCGACUUCCCGUUGAAUGUACAAAUAGUAGAACAUUCGUACAGGCACCACCCCCUGCCACCGUCACCGAAUAUGGUGCACGAGAUGGGUCCUCUACCGCAAACCCCAGAGUCACCAAAGUUCCCUCCUCUUCCGCCCUCCCCCGUGCAAGAAGUCGAAGAUGAAUACACAGAAAUAAUGCCGCCUUCAGAGAAACGGCAUUUGAAAAAGUCUGACACCUUGCCAACUCCCACAAUGGACUCCAGAAGAAGGCCUUCUGAACCUCCAGCGGUGCCUCCACAUCGCGACACAACUAACAGCCUGAAAACGAGAUCCAUGGAAACCAGCUACAAUAAAAACAGGAGAAGUAGUAACUUCAAAACUGGCUCUACAGACAGAAGAACAUUACCGACAGACAUCGGAGCGAGCGGCGCGCGUCGCAGGACAUUGCAGCGCCAGAACCGUGACGCUACCGGACGCGGGGCGCUGCAGACGUCUGCCAGCCUACCAGAGACGCCAGUCUUCGCCCGUGGCUGCGACGUGCCGCGCACUCCCCCACGGAACUCCACGGGACCUCCAAGAAAUAACACCAUGAACUCAAUACAGUCUAUAGGAAGCAGCGCCACGCUAGGAGGCUACGGGCGGGGAUCCGUGAUGGGCACGUCCGUGUGCACGGGGGCAGACCUGCUGAGGCUCGGGGGCCCUCCGCGGGGCUGGUACCCGCGACAGAGGCACCGGCCCGCAUCGAUCGAGCACUUGGACCGCUUAACGGCGUCGAAGCUGGCGACGGAUCACGCCACACCGUGGGAAGCCACCGGCACUCGCAAACCACUCACUCUGCCUCCCAACCUGACGCCCAAGUUCUUUCAGAAGUCACCACGAGAAGCACUGCGUAGGGUCACCAGCUUACUAAUACGAAAAGGGAACAACGGGAAGGAGAAAGAAAAUGCUCGAGGCAAGGAAGCUACGUCGCCCGCAGCGCGGUCCGCCAACGGCGAGGAGCACCCCGGCCAGAAACAACGCAAAGGAUUCUUCAGGAGCCUCUGGAAAAAGUCUCGACAUUACUCCUUAGAGCAUCCGUGAAUAGUUAAAAGGGCCUUUGCUAAAAUAAGGACGUAACCAAAAAAUGUGACAGACUUACGAUAUAAGAGGUCAAUGCCAGUAAAGUUCUUAACAAUCAUACUCAUAAAAUAUAAUGCACAACUUUGUAUUUCGCGCAAACAUUGUAUCUAAAGGUUCAUUCCAUUUCAAGGAAAAGUAUUAAAAAACUGAAGACGUUUCUCUUAUCUGAAAAAUCAGACUUCAAUAUUUAUGAGAAGUCACGAAUUGUUUAUGUUAAAUCGAAUGUAUAGCGAUAUUGUGUAAUCAAACAUUAUAUCAACGUAUAAUUUAUUUGUAAGUGGUAUAAGGUAUGUACUUUAUUAAAUCACAAUUAAAACCUUUCCUUUCAUAUAAAUAGAAGUGUAGAAAUGUAGAUAACGAUGUAGCAAGUAUGAACAUUACGAUUUAUAAUUUUCUUGUUUUGAACUUUAUUAUCAUAUGCCAACUUAGUACUUUCAAAUGUAAUGAUGAUGACUUGUUUGUAUUUAUAAACUACGUUAUUAAUACCGAAAUAGGUAGUACCUUCAAGCGCAUGUUAAAGAAAUGAAUUCAUAAGUAUUUGGCAUAUUAAUUUCUUUCGUGUAGGAUUAGACAUGAUCCUCGUGUGUUGUAAUUUUAAAGAACCAAGGUAACUUGAUAGGCUAUUGCUACAAGUUUAACAUUUUAUACCAAUCCUUGUAUUCGAGUGUACUUAACUCAUAUUAAUGUAGAUUUUGUCAAGAGAAAAUAAAUUAUGUUCAUUAGCA